AUGGCCGACAGAUCCGUCAUCAUCUCAUCUGAAUUCGCUGAUUUCGAUUACGACAUGGUCAUCGAUGACUUGUCCGUUUGGGAGUUCAUCGACGCAUCUUCUUCGUCUGAAGAUGACGUCGACUUCGACCAAGAAGAAGACGAUUUCUCCAUCGCCGAAGAAGGUGAAGAAGAAGAAGACGAAGACCAGACUGUGGAGCCCACCAAGGAAGAAGAAGAGGGCCCAGUGGAGAUCGUUGGGUCGCCGUCUUCUGACAUAUCGGUGGAGAUGGAACCCCUCUCACCCGACAUCGGCGGUGUUGUGGUCACCGCCGGCGUGGUUGUUGCCGCCGUCGUGGAUGAUGAUGUUGAUGACUACGGCGGCAACCACGUCGAUGAUGACGAGGAAGACGAUUAUGAUGAUUACAACGAUGGGUAUGAUCUGGAUGAUGAGUUGGUUCCGUGGGGUUUCAGUAAAAAGUUCGGGAAGCAGAGGAUCAGUAAAUUGGCGGCGAAAAGGGCUUCCCCGAAGAUAAAAGGGUCCAAGAAACUGGUCUAUCGCUGUGCUCACGGAAAGCAUGGAAUUAGUGGAUUGCAGCACAGAUAUUCUUCUUAA